AUGUCGCAGCUACAGUUCAUCGAAAUACCCCAUCCCGCGGACCUCCAGUCGCAACGUCGCGCUGUUUAUUCCCAUGCAGCCCGCGUGACCCACUCCCGGCGUCGAGCUCGCAGCGGGGAGAAGAAGAAAAAGGAAGAUGGGGGAUCAACUGUUUCAUCAGUCGGGCCCAUCAGCCUGUUAUCCGCAGCCCGGCGAGAUCCUUUUGCCAGCUUUGUGGCUCCUUUCCAACCAGUGGAAGACUUCCUGCUCGAUCAUUACGUGCGGGCGGUGGUUCCUCGUCUGCGCUGCAUGGAAAACCCCAUCGACUAUAGCGAGCGAAUGACCACCGCGUGGGUUCCGCUGGCCCUGGGGAAUGCCAGCCUUCUCAAUGGCUUGUUUCUCGCCGCGUGUCGCGAUAUAUCCGAAAGCUACGGUCUGGCAGAGCAGCAGCAGCGGUUCCUUAAUCUAGCCAUGCAGUAUAAGCUGGGUUGCGUGCGGGCUCUGCAAGAGAAAAUCUCCCGCCAGAUGCCGCCGUUCAGCGACUCCACCGUGGCCACGGUGGUCAUGCUCGCCUUUGAUGAGUUGUUUCUUCAUGACGCGAGGAUGUCCCGACAGCACAUUGGAGGCGCGGUCAAAAUGGUCUCGCUCAAUGGUGGGCCUCAAAAUCUGGGCUUGAAUGGGUUCCUUGAGCAUCUUCUCUCGAAUCUACUACAGAAGAUGGUGGGAAAAGCCCGCAAUCCUCGAACCUGGGAUCACUUGGUAAACGCUUUCUGGGUCAAUGAGAGCUUGGUCAACCUAGAUAUUGAUUGA